GAGUUGUGGGGUGCUACUACAGAUAAAAUCCUCUAAGGGCCCCGGUUCAACUGAGCCGCAAACGCUGGGCCCUGAGGCUGAGGGGUGAACCGCAUGUGUUAGGAUGCCGCUGCCCUGCGUUUGCGCUCUACGGCCAAGGCACGCCUGUGCAGUUAGGGCCUAGUCCCGGCAAAGCGCCCACCAUCCUGCCUGCCGUUGUGCCCACCCUGCCGCCGCCGUCGCUUCCGGCGACAAGCGGUGGACGCCCAGUGCGUCACCUCCCCGAUAAGCGGGUGGGGCCCAGGCCACCGGCAGAGAAGUAGCGGCCGAUGCAGCAGCGAUCCCCCAGCCAUGGAGCCGAGCUUUGCGGAGGCGGGGCCCGGAAGACAAGGUAACAGCGCCGCAGCUCCAGCCGCCGCCCCGCUCUCCGGCGCUUGUACUGGUCGCGCCGGUAGCAGCCCAGGCCACGGAGAGCCGGGCUUUCGGCUCUAACCGCUCAGCGCCUCUCUUAAGUCCUCUCUACACCGCAUCAUGCACCUCAGCCUCUUCCGGCGCCUUCUCCUUGCCGCCUUGCUGCUGGUGAUAGUCUGGACUCUCUUCGGGCCCUCGGGUAUCGGGGAGGAGCUGCUGAGCCUCUCGCUAGCCUCCCUGCUCCCAGCCCGGGCCUUGCUGGGGCCGCCCCUGGCCCUGCCCCACCUCUUGAUCCCCAAUGAGGAGGCGUGCGGUGGUCCUGGAGCCCCUCCGUUCCUGCUCAUCCUGGUGUGCACGGCCCCGGACAACCUGAUCCAAAGAAAUGCCAUUCGGGCCUCGUGGGGAGGGCUGCGCAAGGCCCGAGGGCUCAGGGUGCAGACUCUCUUUCUGCUGGGAGAGCCAAGCACGGUUCCCACCCAGGAUUCUCAUGAGAACGACCUAGCACAGGAGUCAGCGACCCAGGGGGACAUCUUGCAGGCGGCCUUCCUGGACUCCUACCGCAACCUGACCCUCAAAACCCUCAGUGGGCUUAACUGGGUCGACAGACAUUGCCCCAUGGCCCGCUACGUCCUCAAGACCGAUGACGACGUGUUUGUCAACGUUCCUGAGCUGGUAUCAGAGCUGGUCCGGCGAGGCGGCCGCUGGGAACAAUGGGAGAGAGGGUUGCAGCCCCAGAGAGUGGCUGAGGUUAGGGAUGAAGAGUGGGAAGGCGGCCCCACCUCAGGGAGCCAGCAAGUGCCUCUUUUGUACCUGGGCCGUGUGCACUGGCGGGUGUACCCCUCUCGGACGCCAGGGGGCAAGCACCAGGUAUCAGAGGAGCAGUGGCCCCCUACUUGGGGCCCCUUCCCACCCUAUGCCUCUGGCACAGGGUAUGUGCUGUCAGCUUCUGCUGUGCAGCUCAUUCUGAAAGUGGCUAGCCAGGCACCCCCUCUGCCACUGGAGGAUGUCUUUGUGGGGGUAAGUGCCCGACGAGGAGGCCUCACCCCAACCCACUGUGUCAAGCUGGCGGGUGCCACCCACUUCCCCCUGGACCGGUGCUGCUAUGGGAAAUUCCUGUUGACAUCCCACAGGUUGGACCCCUGGAAGAUGCAGGAAGCCUGGAAGCUGGUGGGUGGCUCUGAUGGGGAAAGGACUGCACCCUUCUGCUCCUGGCUCCAAGGAGUCCUGGGCAUCCUGCGGUGUCGGAUAAUAGCUUGGCUUCACAGCUGAGAAUACCUAGGGCCCCAGGAGAGGAGUGAGUUGCUAAGGGCCCAGCCAGUACCACCAACAAUCUUCUCCCAGGCCCAAAGCAGGAGUCCUAGCUGGCUGCAGCUGAUCAGUUUCCCCAUACCAGAUGCUCAGUCUGUCACUGAAGACUGAGGAUAUAGAAGAAACCUAAGAUGGUUUUCAGGAAGAACAAAACAAUGCUGGGGUUGUUCUCCAGCCAUGACAGAAAGGAGGCUUAAGCCUCUCAAUAAACUUGUCUCUCUACCUCUUUGAUUGCAGUGCGGUCCUCACCAGGGGUCCCAGACACAAACCUAGGGAGCCUGCAGGCUGCCAGACCCUGCUGGAUAGGAAGGACAUCUCCAGGGACAUGGGAGAGAGGACAGUCUCUGCGAGGAAAGUGCCCAAACAGCAAGGCUAAGGUCACUGUGAU